AUGGCCAGGAAGAAGAACAAGCAGAGAAAGGACGCGCCAGACGGGGGCAAUGGCAGCGGCAGUGUCGUCGCACCUCUUGCGCAGGGCGUGGGUGCGGAGGGUCCCGCCUCUGCCUCCAAGAAAGAUGCCCUCACAACCACAACCACAACCACAACCACAACCACCACUAGCACCGCCACCACCUCGAGCUCCAAGUCCAGGAACGUUGCGCAUGCACUGCCCCAGCCGCCGGCUUCUCCUGCCUUGAUUAUAUGUCGAAACAAGCACUGGCGCUAUAUCUCGUCCUUCCAUGGGCCAUGGCUACAGCUUCCCCACGAGAUCCUGGAGACCCUGGUCAACAUCAACUACAACACCCCUCGCCCCCGCCCCAUCGACCCUGCCGUCUUCUACGACCUGGUCAAGAUCCGCCGACUUGUUGACGAUGCGACCGACCUCGCCGUCCGCGCCGCAAGCGGAGUCGUCUCUCUAAAUAGCCUGAAUAACUCCCAUCCUGCUGCCGCUCUGGGGCUGGGCUUUGGUGGUGGAAACCAGCCCAAGCUAAGCCCCGAGCGCAAGCACAAGUUACGGGAACAGGCCACCCAGAAACUGGCCAGGGCCUACCGCCUAGACGAGAUAGCAUGUAGUGUGGCCACAAUGCAGAGCGCAUCCGCUCUGGAGGACGUCGCGAGCCUGGUGCUAAAGAGAGACCCAAACAACCUGGAUGCUAAAUACGUGCACUUUUUCCAUGAGAAGAUUCCCAGCCGGCAGCUGGCCGAAUCAACGAGCCUGGAUACCCUGGACGAUGUGAUAUCAGGACAACAGUCCGAGGGCGAACCUCUGCGCACACGGGCGACUGUGCGCGUCUUCAAGGAAGACUACGACGGCGCGGCCAGGGAUUUGACCGAGGCUCUACAAGUGUUUCGAGCCCAUAAAGCCCACAGCAUGGCCGGUAAGUCGAAGGAGCUCCAAGUUGUUGAGACUGGGGGUAGGCGGCUGGAUGUCAAACUGGACGAGGACCAGCAGCCAAGCAGCCUGGAGAUCCAACUACUGUUCGCACGCGCCGGCGUCUAUCUAAGCAUAGCUUGUUUGCAUGUGAAUGAGGCUCUCCUACCAAUACCGGCCGCCAAAUCAAAAGAAACGGAUAAAGAAACAGUCGCAGAGUCGGCAGAUAGUCUUGGAGGCCAUGCGGAUGCCGCAGAAGCAACCGGGUCAGGAACAUCAACGCCUGCGACGGAUGCGCCACCCCCAGAGCUCUCCCCAGCUGACAGAGAGUCACAGAGGCGUGUGCUAGAGGCCAGAAAGAUUGUCAAAUCCAAUGCCAAGAAGGCGCUGCGGGACUACAUGGCCUACCUGUCCAACUUUGACUAUUCGCCUAAUUUACCCACAGAUAUCGCCGAGGACUUCACUAGGAAAGUGAAGGCCGGAAAGAACAGGGGCAGGCGGCCAGCUUCUCAUGUACGCAGUGAUUCCCCCAGUGGCGAAAUCGCCCACACCGUUUAUACCCUGAAUGAGCUCUUUGCUGCAACGCCCCCAGGGGACUUGCCGCCCUACCCUCCAACGGACGCCACAUUGGCAGGACCAGAGCCAGGCACAGACGCGACAUAUGUCGGAACGACCAUGGAGCUGGUAACAUACCAUCCACUCAUGACCGACGCUCUGCACGCCUUGCUCCUGUGUCACGUCCUCGUGCAGACCUCAACGAAGGAACUGCAACGCCACGCUUACAUGGUGGCACGCCUCGCUCGGCUCGCCGACGGGUACCCAAUGUUCCAGGCGAGCCGGAGCCCAGCACGCGCGGACUGGAUAGAGGUUCUCCGCAGGGGCGAGAACUGGAUUGGCCUGGCGAUCCCAUGGGAAAGCCUGUGUGCAGCUGCGCCGCUGUACCCUGGGCAGAGCUCCCAGAACAGCGGCGCCGGCACCGCUGCUAAGCACAACCCGAAAGCCCUCCCCGCGCCCGAAGCGGCGAAGGAGGUCAAGAAGGACAUCGACGACGAGGACCGUGAGAGAAUCAACCAGCAGGCUCUGAUGCGUGCCAUCGAAGACGACCGCGUCGGCGACGAGGCGACGCUGCGCGCGGCGAUCAGCGCGCAUCGGAAGAGGGCCGAGGAUGACCUCAGGGCGGAGCGGAGAGACGGCAGCGGCGGGGCCAACGGGGUCAUCGUCCCCGUUGUCAACGGCAGCCCGAAGCCCGCCUCGCCCGCUCCGCAAGACACGGGCAGCGAAAAGGCCCCGUCCUCGUCGUCCUCCAACGGCCGCCCUCCCUCGCCCGGCACGGCCCACCGCCGUUGGGCGAUGGACGAGGGCCGCGAGUACCCCAUCCUGACGGAGCGCGCCUCGGCCGUGGCGCGCUGGCUCCGCGAGGCCCCUCCGGGGGCCGGUGGGAGCGGCCACUCCAAGAAGAAGAAGAAGGCUGCCGUUACUGCUACUUGA